CUAAGAAGUGAAACUGACGAUUUAUAUGUGACAAUAACACUCAAUAAAAACUGUUUUUAUGUAAACAAUCAUGUAACGACACUACUGCCAGUAAUUUAAUCAUGGCCUUUUACUGCGAAUAAUUAUAAAUCUAUACCAGUUUUAUUUAUAAUUGUUUAGUGAUGGUGUUUGAAAUGUCGUCUCCGUAGUGUUACUUAGCAACAUGGCAAGGGAUGGAGACCUGCCGACUAUUUUCAAUCCUAAACGAGUUCGUGCUCCUUCUGUGAUAAUAACAAGUGAGGAAGUGGAGACUGAACGAGGGGGUGAAGGUGAUCGUGAGCUUCCGAAUGGACCCCCUACGCCACUGAGCCCUCGGGCGCCUCUAACGCCGCAGACGUCCGUGUCGUCCGCAGUGUCUGCACCGCCACUGACGACGCAGCCGUCCCUGCAGCAAGCCUUUAGUGAAUCUGCAGCUAGCAGUCAAGAUGAAGAGCGACAGCUGCGGGAGAAGAAAUGCCCAAGAUCUUGCUGCUCAAAGUUUGCUAAAAAGAUCUACUAUGGCAUUUGUGUCACCCUGGUCCUCACUACCUCCUGGGUGACAUCAACUCACUGCAUCAAGCACAUGUACCUGGAGACUUACCCGCCUGUAAUCUAUCCCACUAGCACUGAGACAACUGAGACCUUCAACAAUACUGCUAAGCCCCAAAAUCAAAACCUCAAUCUGUACAAUGCCCCAUUCUUCACUGCCUGGUUCAGUACCAACUGGCUCAUCCUGUUCUACCCAAUCUACAUGAUAGUGAUGCUCAUUCACAACAAGUGCAAGUCUGCCAAUGACAUAGUCUAUGAUGCCUUCAGAGACUUCAGAGAAAAGGGAUUCACUUUUGCUCGCUUCAUCAGCCGCUGUGGGCUGUUCUGUCUGCUGUGGGUGGUGACCAUCUACAUGUACACCUACUCCUUGAAGAUCCUGCUCUGCACAGAUGUGGUGGCUCUGUUUGCCACCAAUGUCUCAUGCAUCUAUCUGUUGUCCUGGGUCAUAUUGCAUGAACAGUUUGUUGGUGUUAGGAUUGUGGCGGCUAUUCUGUGCGACACGGGAAUAGCGUUACUCGCGUACAUGGACGGCAUAACAGGCAGCUCCACACUUGGCGGGGUUGUACUCGCCGCGUGCGCCGCGGCCGGUUUUGCUAUCUUUAAGGUGCUGUUCCGUAAAGUAAUGGGAGAGGUGAACACCGGCCAGCGCGCGUUGUUCUUCUCCAUCCUGGGCAUCGUGAGCGCGUCCCUGCUGUGGCCUGUAUGCCUCGCACUCUACCUCACGGGCUCCGAGAUGCUGCCGUCCCCGUCGCACCAAAUGCCCUGGCUCCACCUUUUGGCGCUAGCCUCGCGCUGUUGGGUGAUUUUCCAUCUAGUGUUCCAGUUUGGUAAUAUCGUGACGUACAACAUUUUUGUCUCACUCGCUCUCAUCACUGCUGUUCCAGUCUCAGCUGGAUUGGAUGUGGCCUUCUACCAGGUGCAGUUCGAAGGCAUGAAGCUAGCCGGAAUCGUGCUGAUCGGCGUGGGCUUCUCGCUCGUCAUGUUCCCCGACAACUGGCCCAACUACAUUAUGCGACUACUUAGAUGGAGUCGCCGGCAGCGCGGCAACAACGGGUCCGGCCGCAGCCGGGACGCCAUGGACUUCCGCACCGGCUACAUACGCUCGCACCUGCGCUCGCCCUCCGGCCGCGUGCGGUGACCGCCCGACGACCUCUCCUAGGCUACACGCUCUGCGCAGGCGUGAUAAUGGUGAAAUCACUAUGCUCUGAUUCUACUUUCCUCUUUAAGGUUGGUUUGAUGCCCAAAUACGUAUCCAUACAUUUCAGGGCUGAUUUAGACGGUAUGGCAUCUCGCACGCUCGUUGAAAUGCGGCAUUAAUCGGUCGGUCCCCACUUCGUCUGUAAUGUAUCUAAAAUCGCAUGCGAGUAUACGCGCCGAAUAAAUGAGCUUUUUAAGGGAAAAUCGCCGCUGACGUAGAUCAAUCGGAUAGUUGCGGUUGGUGCGACUGGCCCUUACUGUCGAUGUUCUGUUUGGUUAUGUUCAUUGGUUGACCUAUUGAUGGAAACCUAUAGUGAUGUAUUGGCGUAAGAAAUUAGGCCAAACGAGGGCCCAAUAAAAUUAUUAAAACGUACAUAGCGGGGCCGUACCGCCGCGGGGUGCCUUAAUUCUUGUCAAAAGGAAAAAUAGGCUACAACUCCGUAAAGAAGGGUACAAAUCUCAAGGAGAUAUCAAGAGUUAUGUGGCGAGGGUUAUGAAAGUAUACUUAAUGAAAAUGCAGAAUUGAAUGUUUCAAAUAUUGAAGUAAUACUAAACCUCAGCUGAUCUUUACAAUGAUCGACUUUUAUCUUAAGACUUUACCUAUAGUUGUAAAGUUGCAAACUCUUAAUCUGCUCACUAUCCUCAUGUUAGACCUCUAAAUUAACUUGCCAAAGUUUACAGAUUAUUCCGAUAUAUUAGGUACUCGUUUAUACCGAUUCUACAUUUAUAAUUCUGUAACCAUACUUUUUUUAAUAAUCCUCAAGGUUUAAAUAUUAAAAUGUCUUCAAUAAAGUGAAUCUCCUUCGAAUCUCACAUCGUCGCUAUACAUAUUUAUAAGUAUUAUCGAGUGCUUGUAUAAUUUUAUAGACUUACUUCGACUACCGUCCGUCCUCUCGAUAUGAAGAGCAUCUGAAUAAUAUGUUUUAACAGAAUUAUCAGCACUAGCACUAUAAAUAUUGGAAACUCGGUAUACCGAGAACUAUUUAACAUAUAUCUCAUUGUGGUUAAAAACUGAAUGGUAACACAGAUACCCUUGGGAAAUGUUCUGAUGUCAGAUAAAAAAUAAUAUCGCAGGCCGCUUACCUUGCUUAUGGGGAACUGUUGGACCUAACACAAAGAAACGUUUCCCUUUAGCAACCUGUGAAAAGAGCACUUUUCAAUUUUUAACCCAAUUUCGAGACAGAAAUACAUCACUAGUGCACUUUAAAACUAUAAUUACUCUAUAUAUUCUAUCUAUAAUACAUAAUCUUGAUGUUGUGAUCACCAGUAGUGGUUAGUGUAGGGUUUGGACCGUUUAAAUGGACGAUGAGGUAAUUCAAUCGUACAUUCAGACGAUCCGAAGGAUGGCUUCCGAAUUUGUCUUUAGAAAUUAUGAUAUCGAAUUUUAAAAUAAGAUCUAGUCGAAUCUAGUCAGGGUAUAAAUAUAUUUGUUAUACACGAAUUAAUUUACUUUUGAAAUGUUACUCUUAUCCAGAGUUUAUUUACUGUAGGUUUUAGUUUAAUUGUUUAAGAUAUUUUUUAACCGCUAUUGGCAUACGCCAUGCAUUUUCGUGUUAUGGAAUUUCUCGUACCUGUGUUUAGUGCCGGUUUUUACCGACUUUCUCCAAAGUGCGAAACUGCGUGGCUUGUAACGGGUAACGCAUCUUCUAGCUUUUAAGUUUAACUUUUUAUGCACGUUAUGCAAGUCCUACUACCGCCCCAAGACAUAUAGAAAUAAAUAUAAUCAUCACUUAACACUAAGUAAUGGUCAUGCAUGUUAAGUGCAAAGUAUUAAUAGUACAUUUCGAUACAAGUGCGAAAAAGAGGAAGUUCGAAACGAGUGGCGAUAAAUUAAAACACGACCGAAGGGAGUGUUUUAAAUCGACACGAGUAUCGAAUUCCCUU